CAGUCUUGAUAUUUACACAACACGAUAAAAAAAAUGAGGAUCAGAGCUCACUCAUUGCUCUUGCUUGUCUUGUUCUUUGUCGCACCGACAUGGCAGGUCAAAUCGGAGUUGUUCAAGACUUGCGACCAGUCCGGGUUCUGUCACAGAAACAGACACUUUGCCCUGCAGGUGGCCGCCCAAAGCAACUACAUACCCAAAUACGCCGUCUCGCUGUUUGAGAUCGAUGAGCCUAGGGCUGCAAUUACAGGUGUGGUGGAAAAAUCGUUGAAUGAUGCCACCACGGUUAGAUUGCCUUUCCGUGUGCAAUUGCUUAGUGACAACAACGUCAGAUUACUCAUCGACGAAGAAGCGCGCUCCAACGGCACAGUUACGGUGAAGGAUGGAAAAAAGAUCAACACGCUUCGUUACAACGAAGCUGCGAAGUGGGCCUUCCGCGACGAACCUCAGGCUGGGAUCUUCUCGGAGCCGGUCGCUGUUGCCUCGGAUGAAAAGUCGCUUAGAUUUUCAUACGGCGAUGGCGAAUUUACCGCAGAGUUGCAAUUCACCCCCUUCAAACUUACGAUUUUGCAUGGCGACUCGCCUCAGAUUGUGCUCAACGACCGGAACUUUCUCAACGUGGAGCACUGGCGUGCCCAGACACCAUCCGAGCCGAUUGAAGGCGAGGAGCCGCUUGAUAACAACGUUUCCGCGGAGGAAACCAUGUAUGAUGCCUUUACAGAUUCUUUCAGGGACUGCAAGAGCGACACCGUGCCUCUUGGCCCGGAAUCCGUCGCCCUUGACGUCAGUUUACCGGGGUUCAAACACGUGUACGGGAUUCCAGAGCACGCAGACGAUUUAUCGUUGAAAGACACGACUGCUGGCGAACCCUACAGAAUGUUCAAUGUGGACAUCUUUGAGUAUGAGAUAGACAGUCGCAUGGCAAUGUAUGGGUCAGUUCCGUUCAUGAUGGCGGUUAAGCCUGGGAUGGCUGCGGGUGUCUUUUGGGUUAAUAGUGCUGACACCUGGGUUGACAUCAAAAAGGAGGCGGAAAUGAAAGCUGGAGACCAGACUGCGUUCAAUCUCCAGGUGUCGACAAAGACUCACUGGAUCUCCGAAAACGGUGUGAUCGACGUGGUUCUUUCCAUCGGAAAGACGCCAACGGACGUUUCCAAGUCCUACGGCGCGCUUACCGGCUUUGUCGAACUCCCGCAGUUGUUUGCACUCGGGUACCACCAGUGCAGGUGGAACUACAACGACGAGGCGGAUGUGUUGGGGGUCUCAGCCAAUAUGGACAAGUACCAGAUCCCGUAUGACAUCAUCUGGCUUGACAUCGAGUACACUGACAGCAAAAAGUACUUCACCUGGAAGAAGGAGUUGUUUCCCGACCCUGUGGGGAUGAUGAGGCAGUUAGACCGCACCGGCCGCAAGUUGGUCACCAUUAUCGACCCGCAUAUUAAGGUGGGCUACGAGGUUAGUGACCAUUUAAUCAAGAAUAAUUUGGCCGUGCAAUCGAGCAGCGCCGAUGGAUCUGCUUUUCACGGCCACUGCUGGCCGGGUGAGUCAGUUUGGGUUGAUACCCUCAACCCUGCUACUGACGAAUACUGGUCCACGCUCUUUGCCAACGGCACCCAAUUCAGUGGCGACGCUACCAACUUACACAUCUGGAACGACAUGAAUGAGCCGUCGGUCUUCUCCGGCCCUGAAACCACUUCACCUAAGGAUACCGUCCACUACGGGGGAUGGGAGGCGCGUUCGAUCCACAACCUCUACGGCAUGACGUACCACGAGUCGACUUUUAAGGCAAUGCAGAACCGUUCCGGUGGCCGCAACCGUCCGUUUAUCUUGACUCGCUCGUACUUUGCCGGGUCCCAGCGCUCCGCUGCGAUGUGGACUGGUGACAACAUGUCGCAGUGGGAGCACUUGAAGGCUUCCUUGCCAAUGAUUUUGACCUCCGGGGUGGUGGGGAUGCCGUUUUCGGGCGCGGAUGUCGGAGGGUUCUUCGGAAACCCGUCCAAGGAGCUCCUCACCCGUUGGUAUCAGGCUGGGAUCUGGUACCCCUUCUUCAGAGCGCAUGCGCACAUUGACUCAAGAAGAAGGGAGCCGUGGAUCGCCGGCGAGCCGUAUACCUCCAUUAUAAGGGACGCUGUAAGAUUUAGAUACUCGUUGCUUCCGAUGUUCUACACCAGUUUCUACGAUGCCAACACCCAGGGGGUGCCAGUGAUGAAGCCGAUGUUUUACGAAACGCCUGAAAACCCAAUGACGUACGAGAUUGAAGACCAGUUCUUCUUGGGCAACACCGGGCUUUUGAUCAAGCCAAUCACCGAGGAGGGUGCCACUGCUACGGAAAUUUACCUCCCAGACGAGCAGGUGUACUACUCCUAUGACAAGUACACGGUGUUCAAGGGCGAGGGCUACCACAAGUACGGGGCUUUAUUGGAGCAGAUUCCGGUUUUGCUCAAGGGCGGCAGCAUUUUGGCGAGAAAGGACCGCUACAGAAGAUCAUCUGCGUUGAUGAGAUACGAUCCAUACACCUUGGUAGUUGCACUCGACACUGCCGGUGGAGCCUCCGGCACGCUCUAUGUUGAUGACGGCCAGUCAUACGACUACAAACAGAGCGACUACAUCGUGGUUAACUUCACCGCGACUGAGGAAGGCAUCCAGGCUCAAGUUGAGAACAGCGGCUUGAAACUUCCGUUCAUCGCCUCCUUGGAUAGCGUCAAGAUCCAAAAAAUUAUCCUUGUUGGGUCUGCGUUAGCGCAGAAGGCUGUGAGUGUUUCACAGAGUGGUGAGACCUGGGAUGCCAGCGUUGUGUCGGCCGCCAACCACGUUGUUAUCAAGUCCCCUGGUAUCUCGAUCAACAAGCCGUGGAACGUUACCUUUUGAUUAUUCAUACAAAAUUACCACUUUUGUUUAAUAGUGUAGGUAAAGGCUGGAUAUCCGUUCAAGACCCCAAUGGAUGAAAAUGCCGAAUUAUCAAAUAGGCUCAAAAGUUGUAAAAACC